GUGUCUAAAAGUAGUACUCUUAUAUGAAAUAAUAUUUUUAUUUUAAUUUGGAAGCAUUUUUCUAUUUAUAUAAUAAUUUAUUUUUUGCAUUUUUAAUGGGUUUAUUAUUUUAUGACUUCUUUUAACUUGCUGCACUUAAUUAUACACUUCAUACUAAUGAAUGUUUUCAAAUUUAUUCAAAUUAUGCGCCAAUUAAAUUUGAUUUUUUCAUAACAUUUUGCUUGGCGAUCUUUCUGUUCGUCACAGCGCCGCCAUUUGUCGGUAUACUAUUGGGGCGCCAACCGGCAAGCACUUCCGUGGCGGCGCUUUGGCGUUACUACAGCCAGCCGUCGUGCUUCCUGAUUUCAGCGCUCUACCCAAAACGCACACACGCACGCACACACACACACACACCCAUAUAUAACAGCAAUUUUUUCACCAAAUUCGUAAGCAAUUUUCGCAAAGCGAAAAAAUUAAAUAUUUGCACUAGUUUUUUAGUGAAAGUUCACAGCAAUUAAUUUUUUAAUUGGACGUUUUUAAUUUUCCACCAACAAAUAUGUAUGUACCGCUUAAACUCGCUUGCGAUGAGCCAACAUAAUAACGUUUGUCGCAAAAAAUUUCAUUCAGUCACCAAAUGGAAAUCAAUCGAUAUUCGCAUUUAUUGUCCUUAGCCACCAUAUACACUUGCACAAUGAGGAAAUUUUUGAUUUUCUCUAAAGUAACACCAUAACAAUGGAAUUUUAUUUCGGUGGAACAGUUGCAAUAUAUAUAUAUAUAUUUUUUUUUUUUUGGUUUUUUGGUGUUGCCUAAAAUAUAUUAGUUUUUGACUGCAGUGAGUUAUAAAAACCGUAUACACUUUGUGGCUGGGUUGAAAUCGCAGCAUCACCAAGCAUGGCUCAAUCGGACCGGCAGCGCUACGUGAGCUAAAUCAUUACGUAGCCAAGAGUAAGCACACAAAUACAUACAUAAACACACGGCACGGGACGGUGUGUGCGCACAAUUGCAACAAUAUGCAAUGCGGCGCUGUGUGAACUUCAAAACUCAGUCGAGGUUCAAAAAAAAAUUGAGAUCGCCGUCACUUGCCGCCCAGCCACAGCGGCCCAAGCGAACAAUCAUUUCAGCUGGUGAAUGUUGUGGUGCGGCGUCGUGGUGCGCCCAGCAUUGUUAGGGGCGCGCUGCUUUAGCAGUUGUGUGUGCGUGUAUUACGGCACUGUUUGUGUGCCCAGAGACCGGCUUUAACCGUUUUAACGCUGCGCUGCUCGCUGUUUGGCUAACGAUGACUUGGUUGUUUCGACGCUACGCAACAGUCGCGGCGAAAUCAGUGUGCACAAAGAAAUUUCUAAUACUUCUUUUAAAUCUUCAUGUAUUCAUUGAGAUUUUGUUAGUUGACAUUCGGCUGGCGAAUCAGCAACGUCUCGUGGUGGCGAUUGAAAAGGUGAAAUCAUUUUGUGGCGGUUAAGUUUGAAAUUGAAAGUGUUUCAUUAUCGAGCGUUUAAACAUUUAAAAAAAUAAACUGUUGUUUAGUGGUGAAUGUGUUGUGUGGGAAAAGAUAAGAAUUUGUAUUAAUCAACAAUCGUUACAAAUUGUAAACAUCAAAAAAUAAAUAAGUGAAAUUUAUUUAACGAAAGUGUUUUAGUUCAUUUCUAUUGCCAAAAUGUCCGACAAAUUAAUGACUGCGCUUCUGGCCGAGAGCGUUUUGCUUACAAAAGUUACCAAAAUAGUGGGAGAAUAUUCGCCGAUAACCAUAAUUUUGGUAGGCGCAGUCAUCUUAUUCCUGGUGAUGUAUAAUAAAAGACGCGCACGCAUGGUGCAAUUGAUUGAGAAAAUUCCCGGUCCUGCUGCAUUGCCAUUCAUCGGGAACUCGAUUGAAAUGAAUGUGGAUCACGAUGAAUUAUUCAAUCGCUUGACGGGCACAAUAAAGCUAUGGGGCAAUCGCAUCGGUUUGAAUAAAGCAUGGCAGGGACCAAGCCCAUACGUGAUGCUGUUCGAUCCAGAAACAGUAGAGCCAAUCUUGAAUAGCCAAAAAUUCAUAGAUAAAAGUCACGAUUACGAUUAUUUGCGACCAUGGCUAGGCACCGGACUGCUGACCAGCUUUGGCCGGAAAUGGCAUUCGAGAAGAAAGAUUUUGACACCGGCAUUUCAUUUCAAAAUUUUGGAUGAUUUUAUCGAUGUCUUCAAUGAGGAAAGCGCUGUUUUGGCACACAAAUUAGAGCGCGAAGUGGGCGCUGAGGCCUUCAAUAUCUUUCCAUAUGUGACGCUUUGCACACUGGACAUUGUGUGUGAAACGGCUAUGGGCCGCAGCAUUCAUGCGCAAGACAACAGCGAUUCGGAAUAUGUGAAAGCUGUUUAUGGCAUUGGCUCCAUUGUGCAAAGUCGCCAAUCGAAAUUGUGGCUGCAAUUCGAUACCAUUUUCCGUUUCUCCGAAGAUUACAAACGUCACCAGAGCUACAUCAAGACUUUGCACGGUUUCUCCAAUCGUGUGAUACGCGAGCGCAAAGCCGAACUAGCGGAUAACAUACUCAAUAACAACAACAUUAACAGCGCACCUGACGCUUAUGAUGAUUUGGGCAAAAAGAAACGUCUCGCCUUCUUAGAUCUACUCAUCAACGCCUCGAAAGAUGGCGCAGUGCUUUCCAAUGAGGAUAUACGCGAGGAAGUCGACACAUUUAUGUUUGAAGGUCACGAUACUACCUCCGCUGCGAUCUCGUGGACGCUCUUCUUGCUCGGCUCACAUCCCGAAUACCAGGAGCGUGUGGUGGAGGAACUGCAAUCGAUUUUCGGUGACGAUAAAGAGACACCAGCGACAAUGCAAAAUCUAAUGGAUAUGCGUUACCUGGAGUGUUGCAUAAAGGACGCAUUGCGUUUGUUCCCCAGCGUGCCCAUGAUGGCGCGCUCCAUUGGUGAGGAUGUGAAAAUUGGUAAUUAUCUGAUACCUGCCGGCACCACCGCCAUUAUUGUCACCUACAUGCUGCAUCGCAAUGCGAAAUCAUUCCCUAAACCCGAACAAUUCAAUCCGGACAACUUUUUGCCCGAGAAUUGCGCCGGUCGUCAUCCCUUCGCUUACAUACCCUUCAGCGCCGGUCCACGUAACUGUAUCGGACAGAAGUUUGCUAUACUCGAGGAGAAGGCGGUGCUGUCGACCGUACUGCGCAAAUACAAAAUCGAAUCGGUCGACCGACGUGAAGAUCUCACACUUUUGGGUGAAUUGAUAUUGAGACCGAAGGAUGGUUUGCGUGUGAAAAUAACGAAACGCGCUUAAGCAGCGAGCUUGUGACGGAAGUAUACAUAAGUAUGCUUAGCAUAUGCAUAGCACUAGUUGUAAUUUUAGUUUAACCACCUUUGUAUAUAAAUAUUUGUAGCAAUUAGAUUAAACGACGAUUAAUUAGCUUUAAAUCUCUGUAUAUACCUACACCUAUAAGAACAUUCCACACCGCAGAUAGCUUUCAUUUCAACAUAAGUAUUAAUUAAUAAUUUUCCUUUUUAAACGAAAUAUUUCUUGUUUAAUUACAUAAGUACAUAUCACAAUUGUAGCUUGUACAAGUAUCUGUCAAAUACAAGUAUUGUUGUACUACUAAGCUAUGAAAGUUUCUCUAUCGAAACUAUAAUAUAGUAAUAAGUGUGAUAUUUUUAUACAUCUGUGUGGAUUUGUGAGAACCUGAUUGUUUUAAACUCAAGAAAUAUGUCUUUACAAUAGUUUUAUGUAUAUUUAUGUAUAUAUUUAUAUGUAGUAUAUAAAUGCAAAUAUAUUA